CGAUAAAAGCAAUGCACGUGACGUGAUUUGUUGAAAGUUCAAAAUGGCGGACAGCACAAGUGGUACAAAUGCCUUUGACAAGUUGAAGAAGUCUCUUACUGCUGGAGGUAAAGAAUGGAAGUAUUAUAGUCUACCGUCCCUAGCAGAUAAAAGAUAUGAAAAACUUCCAUAUUCUAUACGGGUGUUACUCGAGUCUGCUGUUAGAAACUGCGAUGAUUUCUAUGUCUACCAGUCAGAUGUAGAAAAGAUAUUAGACUGGGAAGUAAACCAGUCCAGGAGUGUGGAAAUCCCGUUCAAACCUUCACGAGUUAUACUACAGGACUUCACAGGUGUACCAGCUGUCGUGGACUUUGCCGCCAUGCGAGAUGCAGUAAAAAGACUUGGUGGAGAUCCGGAGAAAAUCAACCCCGUCUGUCCUGCCGACCUAGUUAUAGAUCAUUCCAUUCAAGUUGAUGUUUCCAGAAGCAACCUUGUCAAUUCUCCCAACCCUGGCGGAGGUCAAAAGUCAUGUCAAAGGUCAAAUACAGGUGCAGCCUUGAAGGUCAAGAGUCAAGGUCAACCCAUUGCACCGUGUGACCUGUGUAAAGGCCAAGGUCGUGAUUUACCUAUUUCAGAUAAAGUCUGUCCCUUUCACGGAGAAAAAACUCCUGGUGCGGAUGCACUUGAGCAGAAUCAGAUGCUGGAGUUUGAAAGAAACAAGGAAAGAUUUGUCUUUUUAAAGUGGGGAGCUAAUGCAUUAAAGAAUAUGUUGAUAGUGCCACCAGGAUCUGGAAUUGUUCAUCAGGUGAACCUGGAAUACCUUGCCCGGGUCGUGUUCGGUGAAGAAGGUGUGCUGUACCCAGACAGUCUGGUUGGAACCGACUCCCAUACCACUAUGAUAAAUGGCUUGGGAAUUGUUGGGUGGGGUGUUGGCGGUAUUGAAGCAGAAGCUGUGAUGUUGGGUCAGUCAAUCAGCAUGGUGCUUCCAGAAGUCGUAGGGUAUAAACUUACCGGUGAACCAAAUCCAUUGACCACUUCUACUGAUAUUGUCCUUACCAUCACCAAGCAUUUACGUUCUGUUGGUGUGGUUGGAAAGUUUGUCGAGUUCUUUGGACCAGGUGUGACUGCCCUUUCCAUUGCUGAUAGAGCUACGAUCUCCAAUAUGUGCCCAGAAUAUGGUGCUACAGUUGGGUUCUUCCCGGUGGACGAUAAAAGUUUGCAAUAUCUUAGACAGACAGGGAGAGAGGAAGAGAAAAUUUCACUCAUAGAAGCUUACCUCAAAGCCAAUAAAAUGUUCAGGAACUUCACAGAUGCAGCAGAAGAUCCUAUCUUCUCUCAGGUUAUAGAGUUGGACCUGUCUUCAGUGACUCCUUGUUGUUCAGGACCAAAACGACCACAUGACAAGGUCACGAUAGCCGACAUGAAAACGGACUUCAGGGAUUGUCUCAAUAACAAACCAGGAUUUAAGGGAUUUGGUAUUCCUGAAGACAAACAGUCUACAACAGUACCACUGGUGUUUGAUGGGCAGGAGUAUACUCUAAAUCAUGGUUCUGUUGUCAUAGCGGCAAUAACAAGCUGUACCAAUACUAGUAAUCCUUCUGUGAUGUUAGGAGCAGGUCUUCUAGCUAAGAAGGCAGUUGAAGCUGGUCUUUCAGUGAAGCCAUACAUUAAAACAAGUCUUUCACCAGGAAGUGGAGUAGUCACUUACUAUUUGAGAGAAAGUGGGGUAACACAAUACUUGCAAAAACUUGGGUUUGACAUAGUAGGAUAUGGAUGUAUGACGUGUAUAGGUAAUAGCGGACCAUUGCCCGAACCUGUCUCAGAAGCCAUAGAAAAGGGUGAUUUGGUAGCCUGUGGUGUACUUUCUGGCAAUCGGAACUUUGAAGGACGUAUCCAUCCACUCACUCGCGCCAACUACCUUGCCAGCCCACCUCUAGUUAUAGCCUAUGCUCUGGCUGGUAGAGUCAAUAUAGACUUUGAAACAGAACCUCUAGGUACUAAUCAAGAGGGUAACCCAGUGUUUCUCAGGGAUAUAUGGCCGUCUCGAGAUGAGAUUCAUAAAGUGGAAAAUGAGUUUGUGAUACCAUCCAUGUUCAAUGAAGUCUACGCCAGGAUCCAGAAAGGCAAUGAGCGCUGGAACAAACUUGAUGCCCCAGAGGGAAUCCUGUAUCCAUGGGAUGCCAAAUCUACAUAUAUACAGAGCCCACCUUUCUUUGAAACUAUGACAAAAGAAUUGCCAAAAAUUCAAGGUAUUAAAGAUGCUUAUGUGCUUCUGAACUUCGGGGAUUCGGUGACUACAGACCAUAUAUCACCUGCAGGAAGUAUUGCCCGAAAUAGUCCUGCAGCAAGAUAUCUUGCUGGUAGAGGCUUAACACCUCGAGAAUUCAAUUCAUAUGGCUCAAGACGAGGGAAUGAUGCUGUCAUGGCCAGAGGAACUUUUGCAAAUAUUCGUCUUGUCAACAAAUUCCUGUCGAAGCCAGGAGCCAGGACCUUACACCUGCCAACUGGAGAGGAGAUGGAUAUAUUUGAUGCUGCUGAGAGGUACAAGUCUGAGGGCAAACCGGUGGUCAUCCUGGCAGGCAAGGAGUAUGGAUCUGGCUCCUCUAGGGACUGGGCGGCAAAGGGGCCAUGGAUCUUGGGGGUUAAAGCUGUGAUAGCGGAAAGUUAUGAGAGAAUCCACCGAAGCAAUCUAGUUGGUAUGGGUAUAAUACCAUUCCAAUAUUUAGAUGGUCAGAACGCCUCGAGUCUUGGGUUGACUGGCAAAGAGACUGUCACAAUUGAUCUACCGCAAAAUCUACAGCCUGGUCAAACUGUUGAUGUUAAGUUGAGUGGCGAUCGGACAUUCCAAGUAAAGACACGUUUCGACACUGAAGUGGAAUUAGUAUACUUUAGAAAUGGAGGCAUCCUCAACUAUAUGGUCAGAAAAAUCAUUAAUGCCUCCUAGACGUUAACGGUGCUAAAUCAAAAAAUAGGCUAGAUGAUUCCUAGUAAUUACAAUCCUAAUAAAAAGUGGUGAAAUUGUGUCAUAUUUUCCAUUACUCUCUAAUUGUGUUAUAUAACAAUUUAUAAAAGGGCUUUAAAUUGAUGGCAUUAUCAUGGCCGAAUCUUGGUAGAUAUGUGUUGUGAAUGUUCAUUGUUGACCGGAUGUUAAAGAACUUUGUAAUGGAAUUUAUUUCUAUGAAUUCUUUUUCUUUCUUGAAAAACUGGAACAGUAGCUCUGAAUCAAAAUCAGUACAAGACAUUGAUGAUAUAUGUACACAGAUUAUUUUGAUAUUUUUACAUUGAUAGAAGCUAUCUAGAUGUAAAAUGAGACAUUUAGAAAUUAAUUUACUGCUACUGAAAUGUAUCAAGAGUUUCUUAUAUUUUUAGCGUGAGCUUUAUAUGAAAUAAUGUAAUUGUAUAUUUGUAUUAUAAAUUGAAUGGAUGAAAUUUGAUUUGAAAUUCCUGAAUGAUUAUAUAACUGAAUCCAUUGCAGUAUUUUAUUUCAUUGCGUAAAUGUCUUAUAAAUGUGUAAAUUAAUUAUUUCAUUUUUUUUGGUGUAAAUGUGUUGCUAUGAACAUUAUGAAAGUGAUGUUUACUUGAACUUGUUUGAAGAUAUAUUAUGCCCAAAUAGAAGAAAAAACAUGAACAGUAACUACUUAUUCUCGAAAUAAACAGGAAAUAAACUCAUUUGAGUGUAUAAGCAAUACUGAGAUAGGUUAAAAUAGUUCAAACUAAACAUGGAGGCCUCCAUGGCUGAGUGGUUAAGUUUGCCGACUCCAAAAUCACUUGCCCCUCACAUAUGUGGAUUUGAGCCGCACUAGGCGUUGAAGUCUUUGUGUGAGGAAACCAUCCAGCUGGCGUACGGAAGGUCAGUAGUUUUAACCAGGUGCUUGCUCUUGAUAAGAAAUGCAAGGAGGGGCACCUGGUGUCUUCCUCCUCCAUCAAAGCUGGAAAAUCGUCACAUGACCUAUAAUUGUGUCAAUGCCACAUUAAACCCAACAAAAAUUAAAAAAAAAAAAACAGUAUAAAUUAUCAUUACCACUAAAAUAACUGCAUUUUAUUUUCAAAUUAGUUAUUACAUGACAUUUAAUUCUUUACAUGCAAAAUUAGUUUCUAUAUCCGGCCAAGUUAGAUAUAUUUGAUAAGGUUUUCCUACAUUUCAGGUUGAUAUGUAAUGAUAAAAUAUAUUGGUAAAAUAACUAUGUUAGAUGACUUGACUUAGUUUAAAUGAAACUUAUCAUUUCAGAUGCACCAGGUUUAAUAAUAACUUUGUGAGAUUACUAAUAUUUAAACUUGAUUUAGCUGGGAUGAUAACUAUCAUUUCAAAUGCAUUGGGUUUAAUAAUUAAAUAUAUAACAUGAAAUGAUAACUUGAUUUAGUUAAAAUGAUAACUAUCAUUUCAAAUGCAUUGGGUAUUUAUAAUAACUAUGUAAUAUGACUAAUAACUUGAUUUAGUUGGAAUGAUAGCUAUCAUCUCAGAUGCAACUGGUUUAGUAUUAGCUAUAUAAGACUAAUUAAAUGGAUGUAGUUUUUGUAUUUUUUUUUGUGGGGAUAUAUAUACAUUGCAUUGAAAUAGAAAAUGUCGCAACAUAUCACAAUUUGAAAUAAUUACAAAAAGUUUUCCAUCAGACAAAUAAUUAAAAAGAAUACGAUUUUGUAAAGAUUCUUUGUAGUAAUAACAUUUCUAUAAAAGCUAAGUGAAAACUAAUAAUUCUGUAGAAUACUUGUGUAAUAAUAAACUUUUUAUAAAAAUUGUAAGUGAAACUAAUAAUUCUGUGGAAUACUUGUGUACUAAUAACAUUUCUAUAAAAAUCUUAAGUGAAAAUUAAUCAUUAUUUUGAUCGAAAAAUGAUUAUUUUGUAGAGUAUUUAAGUAUUAAUAACAAAUUGGAUACUUUGAAACACAGCUACAGAUUAAAGCCUAAAUUUAAUUUCCAUUUCUUUCUAGUGCACAUAGACCAAUGGUAUAAUUCACUGAAAUUCCUCAUUUUUUUCAUAUUAUUUAUGGUACAUAAUGUGAUUUGGAACUGUUUCAAAAUUAGUUUCCUUUUUGUUUGCUGUAUUUACUUAAUUUCUAAAUCAUGAUUGUGUAUAAUUGGUAUUUAAUUGGAUUUAGUGAAACUGCAUAUGUCUUUAUUGUCUUUGCAAAAAAUAAACAGGCAUUUGGUGUAUACAAGAAACAUACAAUAUUUUAUUACACGCAUUUCAACAUAGACAUUUUAAAGUAAUAAACCAUGUGUGAAUUAGGACCAUCUGCAUGAAGACUGCUUUUAGCUGGGCAUUAAUUUUCAACAUUUUUAUUUGAUUACUUUAUUCACAUAUACAAGUUGUAAUUGUAUUAAGUUAGAUGUUGUUCUGUGAAAAAGAGCCUGUUUGAAUUUGUCAUGUAUCUAUAAAGAAAUGAAAUAGGAAACAGAUACAUUUCUAAUACCACUGAAUUGAAAAAAAGAGAGGUUGAUUUGCUUCCACAACUCAUUUUUUAUGUAAAUGAGAUGUAAAAUCUAAGACUUUUUGUCUGGUUUUGCGCCAUAAAACCCCAAUUAACAAUAGAAAAUCAAAACAGAUUCUUAGCACUAGAAAAAUGUAGAAUUCUUUAUUUGUAGAGAAAACUGAACUUUCCAUCAAAUAUUGUUGUAGAAGUAUAAAUAGUGUUUAAGAUGUAAUGAAUUUUGUGUUUGUAUGGUCAUUUAUUGUAAGUGGAUUUAGAAAUACGAUGCAUUGUAUUCAGAGUUAUGGAACUUCUGUCUUAAAUGUUAGUAGUUUCAUCUGUAUUGUUGCCCUUGAAACAAUAUUUGCUGUGGAUAAAAUCCAUACAUAAAUUUGAUUCAAUAAAUUGAUUAUUUAUGCG